AUGUUGACCAGAAAUACAGCUACUGGCAAUAAUGGACAGGCCUAUAUUGGUCUUGGUCACAUGUCUUUUNGACAGGCCUAUAUUGGCCUUGGUCACAUGUUUUUCGACCAUCGUACAAAUGAAUGGAAAACUUUCAAAUUAAAGUUAAAUAGUAAUUUUAUAGUAGGUAAUAUUAUUGAAGAGGAUAGACAAAAAGCUAUGCUGAUUACCUCAUUAAGUGAUGACACCUUAUCACUACUUGAAAGUCUAUGUGUUCCGGCAGAAGUUCAAUGCAAAACUUUCAAAGAACUAAUCCUACUCUUGGACAAACAUUUCACUCCAGUCAAGUCGUAUUUUUCAGCUAGAAAUACAUUUUACAGAGCUGAAAAAUAUUCAACGGAGACAAUAUCAGAAUGGGCAGCCAGAGUACGUACAUUAGCAAUGCCUUGUGGUUUUGGUAGUGAGCUAAACAUAGUCCUUCGUGACAUUUUCACUAUAGGAUUAGAAAAGAACUAUAAGGAACGUUUAUUUGAAGUUGAUGCGAAAGAUAAAGAUACCACCUUAGCAAAAAUGAUAGAUAUCGCUUUAGCUAAAGAAAUGGCUGGCAAGAAUAACCAACAAGAGGUAAAUGAAAUAAAUUAUGUCAAACACAACAAAUCCAAUCAAAGGAUCAACCAUAGAUUUAAAAAUCAAUCAAACCAUACAACUGCCAGAAAUCAAAAUGCUCAAAACAACAAAACCAAAUGCCAAGUUUGUGGUCGUAUUAAUCAUAAGACAAUAGAAUGUAAGUACAAAGAAUAUACUUGUAACAAAUGUAAUUUAAAAGGGCACCUAGCCCCUAUGUGUAAAAAAAAUAUUGUUAAGUAUAAAAAUAAAUCUUUCAAUACACACUUUAUUAAUAAUAAUAAUAGUGAUACUGAUCCGGAAAAUGAUAAUAUUUUUUUAAAUGAAUCAGAGAUUUUCAAAAUAAAUACUGAAAACAAUGUAAAUGACAUUAACCCUAUUGAAAUAAAUGUCAUGUUAGAUAAGGUUAAGUUAAAAUUUCAAAUAGAUACUGGAAGUUUUUAUUCUUUUAUAAAUGAAUCUUGUUACUUAGAAAAUUUUCAUUAUAUUAAAUUAUUAGAUAAUGACAUUAUGUUAAAAGAUUAUAUAGGUAAAUAUUUUAAGCCGUUGGGCAAACUAGAUAUAAGUUUCAAUUAUAAUAAUGUUAAAGGAAUAAUUACACUAUAUGUUGUAAAAAAAGGUGGACCUCCCUUAUUAGGUAGCAAAGAUUUUUCCAAACUUAACAUAUUUUUUAAUCAUAAUACUAUUAACUAUAUAAAAGGUAAUGAUCAACCUAAUGAUAUUGUACAAUUAUGUAAAAAGUACUCUAAGGUCUUUGACAAUAAUCUAGGAACUUUUUCAAAACACAAAAUUACACUUUUUGUUGAAAAAGAUUGUAUCCCAAAAUUUUACAAGCCUAGAUUUGUACCUUUUGCUUUAAAAAAUAAA